AUGAAAGACCCCAACACCAAACAGCUUCGCUUCCUGGUUAUUGGCGCUGGCUCUCGCGGAAAUGCCUAUGCCCGCGCCGUGACCACCGCAACGACGGGUGUCAUCCACGCCGUCGCCGAGCCGCACGCUUUUAAACGCCGUGAGUUUGGUCGCAACUACAUAUGGGAGACAGCUCCGAGUCCCGGGCAGGAGUUCGCAGACUGGCGUGAAUGGAUCGCAUGGGAAAUCAAGCGGCGAAACUCACAUGGCACAGACACUGUCGGUGUGGAUGGUGUCUUCAUUUGCACACUGGAUGAAACACACGUGGAGAUUGUCCGGGCUCUUGCUCCGUUGAAACUCCAUAUUCUCUGCGAGAAACCCCUUGCUCUCUCGCUGGAUGAUUGUUUGACGGUGUAUCGUACGCUCCAACCUCCUCAAGGCUCAACGAUAACACCUCCCACGAACAUAUUUUCUAUUGGCCACGUCCUUCGCUAUAGUCCGCAUAAUAUACUCUUGCGGAAACUCCUGGCAGAUCGCGUGAUUGGCGAUAUAGUCUCCCUUGAGCAUUGCGAGCCUGUCGGGUGGUGGCACUUCUCGCAUAGCUAUGUCCGCGGCAACUGGCGACGAGCUACGGCGGCGGGGGAUGGGUCGCUCCUCACCAAAUCCUGCCAUGAUAUCGAUUUCAUAAUGUGGUUGCUGUGCUCCCCGCCUACUGCUGAGGUAGGUACAAACCCAGCUCAUCGGCCACAUUUCCCGCGCUCGAUCUCCUCGACUGGAACCAUGACACAGUUCCGGAAAAAGCGCAAACCUGUCGCUGCUGGCGAUGCUACAAAUUGUCUUUCGUGUCCCACGGAGCGUGAUUGUAGUUACAGCGCCGUGAGGAUUUAUAAUGAUCGCCACCUGGCGCAAGGUCACGCAGACUGGCCUGUUAACAUCGUAUGUCCGGACAUCGAGGAUGUCUUCCGUGCACAGGGCGGCAAAGCUGCGGAGUCAUUGCUUCUUUCCCGCCUCGGUGAAGACUACGAUCGAAACACGGUAGCCGAUGAAACCAUCGCCUCGCGCCCCUGGUAUGGGCGCUGUGUUUAUGAGGCUGACAAUGAUGUCUGUGACGACCAGGUGGUGACGCUCGCCUGGGAUGAUGAAGAAACAGCACCGCACCGAUUUGCUAAAACGGCCUCGUUCCACAUGAUAGCUCCUACUGAAAAGCAAUGCGAGCGACGGGGACGUGUUUAUGGCACAGCCGGGGAGAUCGCCUAUGAUAGUCACUCGAUCUCGAUAUACGAUUUCGCCACAGGGAAGACUUCUGUCAUCGAUGUGCCAAAGCCACCGCCCGAUCAGAAGGAAUCACAUGGCGGUGGAGAUUACGGUCUUGCGAGACAGUUCGUCAAUGCUGUCGAGGCAGUUGAGAACGGUGGGUUGGAUGUUGAGACCGCGCAGGCGCGGUUCGUCGGAUGUUCCCUCGAGGAAGCGGUUCGCAGUCACGCAGUUGUGUUUGCUGCCGAGGAGGCUAGAAGAGAGGAAAAGGUCGUUCAAUGGGACACUUGGUGGAGUGACAAAUUGAAGACUUCCGCUGCUACAUGGAAUAUGUGA